AAGAUAUUUUGGGGCAACAACCAUAAUAGAUACACAGAAAAGUGACGGACCCAGACGCAGUUAGCUGCUAUUCAGUCAAAGGGUGGGAGCAAGAUGGGUUCUUUGGCAAAGAAGGGUCUCAACAGUUACGUCAAACAGCUCCAAGAAAACCCUUUGAGAACAAAGGUAAUCACUGCAGGUGUAGUAUCAGCGAUUAGCGAUAUUGUGUCUCAGAAACUUUCUGGGAUACAGAAACUUCAACUUAAACGUCUUCUUCUCAAAGUCCUUUUUGGAGCCGGUUAUAUUGGACCCUUUGGACACUUUUUUCAUUUAAUACUGGACAAAAUAUUCAAAGGAAAGAGAGAUACAAAAACUGUGGCCAAGAAGGUUCUGAUUGAACAGUGUACAUCUUCUCCUUUGAACAAUCUGCUUUUCAUGAUUUACUACGGAUUAGUUGUUGAAGGCCAACCUUGGGUGAAUGUGAAAGCUAAAGUUAGGAAGGAUUAUCCAUCAGUGCAGUACACUGCUUGGACGAUCUCGCCAAUUGUGGGGUGGAUAAAUCAUAAAUUCUUGCCUCUUCAUUUCCGUGUUGUUUUCCACAGCGUAGCAGCAUUUUUCUGGUCAAUAUUCUUAAAUCUUCGUGCACGAUCUUUGGCGUUGACUAAAGCCUGAAGCAAAGAACAGUACUGAUCAUAGUCUUUGAAGUAGAUGCUACUGUUUGUUGGGAGACUGUUAAUCUUUCCAGAGCGGAAUAUAGAAGUUUAGAAUAUAGAUGCUUUUGGACAAGGGUUGAUUGAUUUGGUUUUCAACUGAACUGAUCGUGGUUAAGAUGAUUUUAAAGUUGUGUGA